AUGUCGAGAUGCCUGCUUAGGCAAUUGACGGGCUCAGCCAAUGGCUUGUGGGCCCAGUCAGUGCCUCGGCCGAAAGCGAGUAGCUCGGCGUGGCUGCGCACGGUCAGUGGGCUGGAGCAGAGCUUCACCACCGCCAGCAAUCGCAGUUUCGGCGCGCAGUUCACAGUAUCGAAGAACCGCAACUCGGUCAGCAACCUGGUCAGAAACAGAGAGCGGCAUGGAGUGCGAAUCAAUGAAGGUCCCCGGAGCACCUGA